UCAGUUCACUUUGACAAGUAACGUGAGUCUGUGUGUCACGCAGUAUUGCAGAUUGCACCGCUUUCACUAAACAAUCUUGUAUUAAAUUCGCCUUGAAAUCUAUGGUGUGUUUAUAAAUCAUCAAACUCAGUUAUCCUCGGACUGUGUGCAAGUAGUCGACGAAGUCCAACAUCGGCUCUGACCUCAAAUUAGUUUCCAUUUUCAGUUCACAACGUGCGAUGCUCCCGAUCGGAGAGGUUUCAAAUAUGGACCUGCUAGACAUCGGAGGGCCUUUACAAGAAGCUGAACAGGUACUAAGACAAUGCUUCACAAAAUACCAAAUAGACGAGGUGUUCCUCUCGUUCAACGGCGGAAAAGACUGCACAGUGCUCUUAGAUAUAACUUUAAACGUUUUACGUGAUAUUUACAAAAGGGAUGACAUUGCCAGUGAAUUAAAAGUGGUGUAUAUUCGGACUAAUGGACCGUUCAGGGAAAUUGAGGCCUUCGUGGAUCAGGUUAAAGAACAUUAUGGUGUGACGCUGUUGGUGACGGAGGGUGAAAUGAAGAAUACGCUGCAACGGCUGUUGGAUCAGGACGAGAGACUGAAGGCUGUUCUCAUGGGGACGCGGCGGACAGAUCCUUACAGCGAAAACUUGGAAUUUAUGCAGAAAACAGACCCCAACUGGCCGCAGAUAGUCCGCGUCUCUCCCCUUCUGAACUGGAGCUACCACCACAUAUGGAGCUACACCCUACAGCGACGAGUGCCUUAUUGCAGCUUAUACGAUAGAGGAUACACAUCAAUAGGCAGCAUACACAACACAUGGCCUAACCCCGCACUAGCGACAAAAGACAACUGCGGCUGCAUAACGUACUUACCGGCGUGGCACCUAACCGACGCCUCUCUAGAACGGGCGGGGCGCGGCACAGCACCUAAGGUACCCGUCAAUGGACACGCAACAUACAGCAAUGGUAUUGAAAACAAUCACAUUAAUGGUAUAGACAGUAAUCACAAAAGUAGCGAUCAUGUACAUCCGUCACGCGUGUAACACAGGAUGUUUAGAGUAAAUAGUUGCUAAUUGUUUGUUUCUAGUAUCGAUGCAAAGUUCUGGAAGUGUUUGUGUGUGUAAUUGAGUGUUCUGGUGCUUUUUAGAUAGUACUUGCCCCUGAAUAUAGAUGGCGUUAUUGUCUAGAAGUGAAUAAAAAUGCAAUUAUAGGAUUGACAUAUGUCAAAGUUGUCGUAUGUCACUGUCAAUCCUUGAUUUUUCUGUCUAUGCCAUGUUGACUAUGGUGUAUAUAAAUUAUUUGAUUAGGGGUGCAGAUUGGAUGAUUUGCUUAAUUUAAAAAUGUUUUAGACAACUCCUAAUGUGGAUGCUUUUAUUCAACAGUGAAUUCAUGACGAUUGAAGAUCGCAUACUAAAUGGAACAGUUAGUAACUAUAAAAUGACAUCUCAAUGUGAACGCAGCCUUAGUCCGAAUUAAAUCUCCAGUAACGUUAUAUUUUAUCAACGUUAUCGAGUAAUAAAAUAACCGAUAACUAGUUUAAUUGCAUAAUUAGUUCACUUGUGGACUCGUUAAUUAUCAAAUAUAAUAUAAUAUUUAUAAAUGUAAACAUAGUAAUUACGAUACUAGAUAAUGUAAACAAUAUAUUUUUUAAGUUAUCUCGAAUUUAGUUUGGGCAGACAUUUUAAAUUUUAAUGGUGCUAAAUUUUAAAUGAAUACUCUAUUAAAAUUUGAAAUAACUAAAUUAUUCUAAUAACAUUUAAGUAGUCAAAAUCGUCCAUUAAUUAAAAGAAAGAAAAUGUUACCAUUUAGUACCAAUAGCUACUUAAUAUAUUUUUUUAAUGUAAAAUUACCAUUCUUAUCAUGUGACUAGGAUCGUAAUGUAUUUAGUUCAACUGAUAAUAAAUUGACAGAAUGCAGAAAGGUUCAAGAAUUAUGUAAACAUUGACUUCGCUCUUAUUACGUAACGUUAAGGUUCAUUAUUGUAGCUAUAUCAUCACCUAAUUACUGGAACCCAUUAUUUAAAUGUAUGCGACUGAUAAUGAAUCUUCCUGCAUACAAAAAUGUACUUACAAAUUACUAACUUAAUAUUGCAAAUUCGUAAUUAUUUUAUUUGUUUUAGAGCACUGAUAUCAAAAUUGUUUAACUAAAAAAUGCGUGUAAAGCUACUGCAAAAAUUACUUUGAUUCUAUUACUGAUAGUAUGAACCGAAAGAGGUUGUAAUGUAAGCUCUGCCUACCCUAUGGGACACAGGCGUGAGGCUCACACUGGCAUGAGUAUGUAUGAAAAGAAAAAUAUGGUAUCACUAUUAAAAAACCAGUAAGUGAUAAUUACCAGUAAUCAAUUAUUAUAAUAGUACUACUACAAAUACAUAUAUCAAAGAAUUUAGGUACAAAAAGUCGCCUAUUUAUCGUAUAGGUAAUAUUAACUCAUAUUAUAAUAGAAUUUUGAUAACUGUGAUGUUAGAAUAAUUACAUUGUUCGGUCUUUCGAAGAUGAAGCUGAAGAUAACAAUGAUGUACUUAAAUUAUUCUUUUCUAUGCCUAAAAUUUAAAACCUACUUAACAAAGCAUCUGAGGUUAUAUGUAUAAAGCCUUAAGACUCAAUUUGCAUCGCAAUAGAUUAAAACAAAAGGGCAAACAGUAUCUAUCCCUGUAACUAUGUAACGAACAAAAUACUACUAUUGAAAACAAUCUCCUACUCAAAUGUAAAUUGAGUCUUAUAGCUGUUUUCACCAAUCACCCCUAAAGCAAUUACUUUGCGUGACACUCAACCAACCCCUUACCUGCGUGUGUUCGGCGCUUUGAUUGGUUGGUUUAUACGAGCCGGCUAAUCAGAGCGCCGAACUUUCUUCUUUUUCGAUUACUUUAAACGUAAAGCUACCUAGUACUACUAAUAAGGGUACUGUACCGUUGCUUCUGUCACUUUUAGGUUGGUAGAAUCCAAUAUGUUGUUAAUUAUCACUUGUUAUAGCUUAGGGGUUCCCUAAAACUUAAGAGAGAUUGGCGGAAACGGACAUUGAUCGCUUAUCAGAAGCUUUUAUUUUUUGAGUGUCUAUCAUGCCUUCUUUAUAAAUUUAUUCUAAAAUAUUAAUAUAGUAGCCAGUAAAAUAAAUAAAUAGUGAAUUUAAUUAUGUCUCAUUGUUAAAUAUAAACGUUACUUAAGUAUUUAUUCAUUUUGUAAUCGUCUUAUUUAUUUUUAGAUGUUUUUGUGAUGUUCGCACACGAAAUUUCAUAUUAGAGGCUGCUCUAAACGAGAUUGUAUGUUCGUUAUUUUCAAAAUUGUGCUUAAUAUUUUUAUGUAAUGACGGAUUUAAAUUAUUAUUUUUUAUCCACCGGAGAAGUUUCUCCAUAGCUUUAAUAUUUUGUGAACUAUUUUUAAUUUGAUUUAGAUAAUGCACAUGUUUAAAUAUUUUGAAACAUUUUUUUGCUCUCGCAAUAUUAUUUUUCUAAUGUAUUGCAACACUUUAGCACAGUUGUUUUACUACUUAAAUUAUGUUUUAAAUAAAACAAUUUAAUUUAGAAAA